AGAUUCUGAGGAAAGAUGACUUUCUACGAUGGCAUUUACCCAUUCUACCCCCUACAAAGAACCUCCUUUAUCUUCAGCACCCACCUCCUCACCAUUAUCCUGGUCUUCCUGGUCCUCACGGUCAGCUUCCUUCUUAUUCUGCCAGGUAUCAGAGGCAAGUCGAGACUAUUCUGGAUGUUCAGAAUCAUCAUCAGUUUAUUCAUAGGCAUUGUGAUAGUGGCACUGAAUUUCACCAGCGACUGGGCUGAGGCCCGAGCCACCACCAACACCACCUACAAGUCCUUCAGCAGUGAGGAGGUGAACGCUGAAGUGGGACUGCACAUAGGACUGUAUGGUAUUAACAUUACUUUAAAAGGGAAUCCUGUGAAUCAACUCAACGAGACCAUCAACUACAACGAGAUGUUUGCGUGGAAAGACACCAUCGACGAGGAGUACGGGAACGCCUUAGAGAGAGGUCUACCUAACCCCAUCCUCUAUAUCGCUGAGAAGUUUACCCUCAACAACCCCUGUGGCCUCAUCUACCAGUAUAGAUACUCUGGGCGUUAUGCUUCGGCCACCCUCUGGACAGCGUUCUGCUGCUGGCUGGUAGCCAACGUGCUGUUCUCCAUGCCUGUCAUCCUGUACGCCGGCUACAUGAUGGUGGCCACCGCUGCUUUCAUCUUCUUCUCCGUGGCCUCCUUCUCCACCAUCAUGAACCUGCCUACCUGUCUGUUCACCAUAGGCACAUCUGGAGCCUUCCAGACAGAGUACAGCGGUUCUUUCUGGCUGGCACUGGCCACAGGUGUGCUGUGUUUAAUC